UAACGCUUGGAUAUGCCAACGCUAACGUGUAUUACAUAUAGAUUAUGAUGAACAUAAGGUUUUGAAAUGCCAACUGAUAUUGCGUUAUCCAUCGUUAUCUGUUCAAAUGGGGCAGUUUAUUUUUUUCAAUAUCUUGACCAGUGAUCAAAACGCAUAGACUUUCUAAUAACUAAAUUGUGAACGUUCAUCUUCAUUUUUCGGCUUAUAAAAAAUGUCAAAACUCUGUUUUGGAGAGUUUCCAUUCAAUUCUUGUACAGUCAGCCUUCUCAGAAGUGACAGAAAUGGCAGAAUAUUGAAAUGGAACUUUAAGGGUAAAUUUGUUGCUGUAAAGAAACUGCUUUUCAAUUCGGAUAGCUACAAAGAUCAGCCAUCUUUGAAGUCCCACUGGGAAAAGUUGGUGCAAUUGCGUGACGAACAUCUUAUUCAGUACCUACUAUUAUCUAACGUAAAAGAGGACGAUGUGAGAUACCUCGUCCCGGUAAUGGAUUGGUGUGGGGGUUCAAUGCUGGACUAUUGCCGCGGAAUCCUUGACAAAAGUUUUGCAUCGCUUGUCAAAUCAGCUGAUGUCAUGUGGCAAAUAACCUGCGGUCUUGAUUUUCUCCAUCGCCAUAAAAUUGAUCCUGGAAAUUUAAAAUCUAAAAAUGUACUGUUUUGGAAAAAAAAUUCUAAAUCAAGACAGGUUGUUGUCAAACUAACAGAAUAUGGAUACAGCUAUCAUCGGUGCGAGGAUAAGAUUAUUAACCUCGCUCCUCUGCUCGGUUGCUUGUUCUACUCUGCUGCCACCAAAGAAGAAACUGGACCCAAUGGCCCCUUUACUCUUGACAGCUUGACUGAAAUUGAUGUUAACCACAGAGUCUUUGCGUUGGAUUUAAUCAGCCUUCUUAUUAAUAGAAGUCUUUCAAACAGUUUUGACGCGGGAACACUUCUUCGACAUCCCUUUUUUACUCGUUGCACAGACGAAGGACGAAUUAGGUUGACCCAGGAUUUAAUGGAAGAUAAAGUGGAUCUUAUAUGGAGCGACACAGAAAAGCUCCAAAAUUGGUUAGAGUCUUUAGAUGAGAAGAAGUUUUUAGAUGAAGAUUUCAACGACUUUAAAGACAUUUUUCUUGAAUGGGAAACUCAAGACUCGGCCAUUAUUAGAAAAGCGUUGAAAACACCUCAGCUACUCUCCGAAUACAUUUGGCAUACAGCAACCGAAUCCAAGGGAAAUUAUAAACCAAAAUCCAUUAAAUUAAAAAGAAAAUUAGGAGAAGGAAAGUGUGGGACAUUUUUCGAAUGUGAAUAUAUUACGGAUGGAAGCGUAUAUCUGGCUGCUUGCAAGAAAUGCAAGCCAGGAUCCGAUGAGGACUUUAACGUAGAAAUUAAGACUCUUCGUAAACUGAGCCAUUUGUUUGUCGUCAAAUAUCUAGAUGUGGUCACUAUGAAUUCCGAGAAGUUUAUUGUGAUGGAGUUAUGCGAAGGAUCCUUAAAAGAUUACGCCGAAGGAAACUUGAAAGAAAUUCCUAAAGAUUCACUGGAUGAAAAAAUUCUUUUAAGUCAAGUAGCUCUUGGGCUUGCCUUCAUCCAUGACAAAGGAAUAAUUCACAAAGAUUUGAAAUUACACAACAUUCUCCUCAAGCGUCAAUCUAAUCGUCUGGUUUUAGCCAAAAUAGCUGAUUUUGGAUUCGCCAAGGAACUGAAACUUACAUGGCACAGAAAAUUACAUGGCACCUGAACUUCUCAAAGCUAAAAACGGUGUCUAUCCGGCCUCCUUUGCUAGUGAUGUGUACGCUCUGGAAAUAAUAAUUGCGCAAAUAGCAUUGAAGUGGGAACAUCCUUUUAGUGCCCAUGAUUCCUGGCGAAUUAUAUCCAUGAUUGAGGGUUUGACUCCACAAAAUCUCGAUGGACUACGCUGAACUGAUUGACCUGAUUCGAAAGUUAACCGACAAAGAUCCUAAAAAACGCCCUGCGAUGGUCCUAGUAUUGCAUCAUCCUUAUUUUGUCUUGACGAACGACAGAACCAUAAAAUGUUUCGUCAAUCAGUUCUGAGAUGGUUUGAAGUUAAUACUUCCCAGAGGCGAUCACACAAAAAGAGUUAUGCCUAUAUUAUACGAAAAAAUACUCAGCAACCAAAUUUUUCAAGAGUGGUAUGAUAGUGUUUAUGAUGAAAUGCCAAUUACUGAGAAGGAGAAAGAAGAAAUGGGAAAUACCCUUCGCAUGUUCAAAAAUUAAAAAUAACUGCAUGCUGCGUUUAUUACUUUACCUUAUGCAUAACACUAUUACGAAAUAUUAGUUGAAGCCUGACAUUACAUGCGACGAUCUAUACCCAGACAAAGAAUACGUAAACAUAAUUAAGGAAGGCAUCUCAUCUGAAUACGAUGGGAUCAAAAAUUAUGUUAAAGAGAUCCACUCGCUUUAUCUUUCUGGCCUUUCUCGAUAUCGCUUGUACAAGCUGGUUAAACGAGCACCAACAUUUCUUGUGCCUUACUUCUCGUCUCAUUUACUCGACUUGUUCCCUAUCAUCAAUACGCAGGCGCAUAAUAACCCGCUGUUAAAGACUUCUAGUCAGAGGAAUAAGGAUCCUGAAUCGAGUAAAUCAAGUGUAAAGCAACAUAGACUUGAGAUUGUUUCCGAGUUAGAAUGGAGCAGCACGUAUUACGACGACGACGAGGAACUUAUUGAUGAGCUGUGGAACAUCAAAUACGCAGGACACAACGAAUAUUCAAAAGAAACCGUAAAAGAAAUGAUAAGAACGCUAGAAAAAUGCACGGUUUCCGAGAAGAUUUGGUCUGCAUUGCUGAAUCGGAACGAAAUAGAUUUCACUGAGCUGAUUCUCGCAGCAGUUAAUUCGCAUUCUUCAAACUCCCCAAAAGUAACCGUAAAUUGUAAAUUAGUUCACACCAAAAUGUGAGAUAUUACAAAAAGUGAAUAAGAAAAUUAGCUCGUGAAAAGAAA